AUGGAUAGAACCUUGGAAUCCCUGAAACACAUCAUUGCCCAAGUCUUGCCUCACAGAGACCCAGAUCUUGUAUUUAAAGACUUGAAUGUUGUGUCAAUGCUACAGGAAUUUUGGGAAAGCAAACAGCAGCAGAAAGCUGUGUUCCCAAGUGAAGGUUUGGUGGUAUAUGAGUCAUUGCCAUCUCCUGGGCCUCCAUUUGUGAGUUACGUCACCCUCCCUGGAGGAAGCUGUUUUGGUAACUUCCAGUGCUGCCUAAGCAGAGCAGAGGCAAGACGGGAUGCAGCCAAAGUGGCCCUGAUCAAUUCCCUCUUCAAUGAACUGCCCUCUCGAAGGAUAACUAAGGAGUUCAUUAUAGAAAGCGUUCAGGAAGCCAUCGCCUCCACCAGCGGCACUAUAAAUGAUGCUGAUGACCCAAGUACCAGCAUAGGAGCCUAUCACUAUAUGCUGGAGUCAAACAUGGGGAAAACUAUGUUGGAAUUUCAGGAGCUGAUGAUUGUUUUCCAGCUACUGCACUGGAAUGGAAGCCUGAAAGCCCUUCGGGAAACCAGGUGUUCCCGACAGCCUUUGGCACUGUUGAUCACCCUCUUCUCUCCAAGUUUUUGCUACGCUGCUCUCUCCUCCUACCCGUCUGACGGCUCCUCCGUGGUCUCCUUUGUUGGAUCUUCAUCUGGGGUGGAUCUUCGUCCAGCUCUGGCUACUCCUCCAGGAUCUCCUGGGUCUGCUUCUCUUCUCACUCUUUGCUAUUUUGCUUGA